AUGGUAACGGCAGUUACCAGUGUCUUCAUGCUACGAAAGAGGUACUCAGCGAGUCAAUGGGUGGACUUGGCCAUAAUUAAUUUCUGUAUUGCAGUUGUGGUUUUUGAGGAUUCGAAGGGCGAAGGAGAGAAGUCAGGAAAUUCUGCAGUUGGCUUGACUGCAGUCGCUCUAUCAAACGUUUUGAGUUCUUUUGCUGGAGUUUUUUUUGAAAAAGUUGUUAAAUCGUUGCACUUAAAAAUGCCAUCUCUAUGGGUGCGAAACUUCCAAUUAGCCCUUUGGUCCCUUUUCUUUGCCCUAGUGAAAGUAUUGCUUCUCGACAACGGCCGUUAUGGUAAUUUCUUUGAUGGAUUCGACCUGUUGGUUUGGUGUCAAAUUGGGCUCUUCACUGGUGGGGGUUUCCUCGUUUCUGCAGUUAUUAAAUAUGCUGACUGCGUCAUGAAAACAGUGGCCAUCGGAUUCAGCGUUGUUUUGUCCACUAUUGCGAGCACGAUUCUCUACGAAAAUCGGAUUUCAUUUCUGGCUGCAACAAGUGGUGCAACGGCAUUGAUAGCAAUUUUUCUUUUUGCGAACGAGGAACCAAGGCCAAGCGAAUUUGUCAUCUCGAUUACGAAGCGAGACAGUGACAAAUUCAGACGAUUGAUUAUAUAUGCCUUCAUCAUAACAACAGGACUUGCAAAGUUUGAAUUUACACCAGAACUCUCGGCCAAUCUCAAGAGGAGCUCAAACUCGGAGCAAAAUCUCGAUUAUUUCCCCUCUGAUUGGAAUACUACUGUCCUAGCGCUUGACACUUUGCGGUCAAUUCAGAGAGAAGUCUCAGAGAGACAUUUCCAUGAGGCAACUCAUGUCCUUUUCGAUUUGAGAUCUUAUCUUGGGCGACGACCUGUCAAGUACCUUGAAAUUGGUAGUUACACUGGUGUCUCUGCGAGUCUCAUGUUGCUUCAUCCCUUCCCAACCGCUGUGACGAUGGUGGACCCAUGCAUUUUGGACAAGACACACUUCAAUGGCUCACAGAAUCAAGAAUCGACUAUUCGUUCGAACCUAAGAAAGCUAUUGAACAAUACAGGGAAAUGUGCCAGUAUCAGGCAAUGGGAUCUACGAGUCGGCUUUUCCCCUCAAGCAUUGCCCUCUGGAGAAAGCUUUGAUAUUAUAUUCAUUGACGGCGAUCAUUCUACAAGUGGUGUUUGGGCAGAUUAUAACGGCACAAUCGACCUACUUCGACCUGGUGGUUUCAUGGUAUUUGAUGACUACCUUGAUUUUAGUUCUAGUCCAGAGGUUAAGGGAGCCGUGGAUAUGAUUGUGAAAGAUACCGAUCUCAUUCCUCUUGGCACAUUUCGGAACAUUCAUGGUAUUCACCCAAGUUGUAACCAGUCGUUCAUUAACGAAUUCGUCCUCCAAAAAUCUGGAAGGUUUACGCAGAGCGCUUCGGAACCUCUCUCUUCUGAGCCGCUCAAGGUUGGGUGUUGA